GUGUACUAACUGAAAUCGCAGCCACCCUUACCACGGUGACUGUAAGGCUCAUACGCCUUCAUUCAAAGAGAUAGAUAGUACGUUUCUUUUCGUUCAAACUUUCGAGUUUUUUUGUAAUUAAUCAACUUUCUUAGAAUUUCGACCCUUGAAACUUUCGAUUUUAACGAUUUACACGGACUUUGGUUGAAUUGAAUUUCCAAAGUGCAGUGUUUGUUGCACGAUUACUUGUAUAUGAAUUGUGACUCUAUAACAUAUGUGACUCUAACCCUUAUUUUUUUGCUGCAAAAUAUUCAACAUUUUCUCAUACAUAGUUACGGUAUUGCAAUUUUUCUUUUUGUGUGGUUAGAAAUGGAAGUUUUGCUGCCAAAACUUCCUUCUUUCAAAUUUCCAAGCCCUAGCCAUUGCUGUUCAAUCACUAGUAGGAGCUCAUCGUGCGUCAGAUUCGGGUUUCGACGCUUAUCUUCUCUCUCUGUUUGUGCAUCAACGGUUAAUGAAGCAGUAGCUGAACCUUCCCUUGGUUCCCCUUCUUUGGGUCACUCCACUCGACCCCAUUUCCCUAUACUUCACCAGGAAGUGAAUGGCUCAAAACUCGUUUACUUAGACAAUGCAGCAACUUCUCAAAAGCCUACCACGGUUUUGAAGGCAUUGCAAAACUACUAUGAAGCUCACAAUUCAAAUGUGCAUCGGGGCAUACAUUUCUUGAGCGCAAAGGCCACGGAUGAGUAUGAAUUGGCUAGAAGGAAGGUUGCUUCUUUUAUAAAUGCUUCUGAUUCUAGAGAGAUUAUAUUCACAAGAAAUGCUACUGAAGCUAUCAAUCUAGUUGCAUAUUCAUGGGGCUUGUCAAAUUUAAAACCAGGAGAUGAGAUCAUACUCACAGUUGCUGAGCAUCACAGUGCAAUUGUUCCUUGGCAACUUGUAGCUCAAAAAAUUGGGGCUGCAUUGAAAUUUGUGGAUUUAAACCAAGAUGAAAUUCCAGAUGUAGACAAAUUAAAAGAAAUGCUCUCAAAGAAGACAAAAAUGGUUGUUGUCCAUCAUGUUUCAAAUGUGCUUGCUUCUGUCCUUCCUAUUAGAGAUAUUGCACAAUGGGCACAUGAUGCUGGAGCAAAAGUUCUUGUAGAUGCGUGUCAGAGUGUUCCACACAUGAGGGUUGAUGUCCAGAGCCUUAAUGUUGAUUUUCUUGUUGCUUCUUCUCACAAGAUGUGUGGGCCCACAGGCAUUGGAUUCUUAUAUGGUAAAAUAGAUCUGUUGUCUUCCAUGCCUCCAUUUUUAGGUGGUGGUGAAAUGAUUUCUGAUGUAUAUCUUGAUCAUUCAACUUAUGCUGAACCUCCAUCCAGAUUUGAGGCUGGAACACCAGCUAUUGGGGAAGCAAUUGGUUUGGGAGCAGCGAUUGAUUACUUAUCUGGGAUUGGCAUGCAAACUAUACAUGAUUAUGAGGUCGAGUUGGGUAGAUAUCUGUAUGAAAGGCUUCUUUCAGUCCCAAAUAUUCGCAUCUAUGGGCCAGCGCCUUCAGAAAAAGUCCAACGAGCUUCUCUUUGUUCUUUCAAUGUUGAGAAUUUGCACCCUACUGAUCUUGCAACAUUUCUGGACCAACAGCAUGGAGUGGCUAUCAGAUCAGGCCACCAUUGUGCCCAACCCCUUCAUCGCCAUUUAGGAGUCAGCUCAAGUGCACGUGCCAGUCUCUACUUCUAUAACACUAAGGAGGACGUAGACAGUUUUAUCCAUGCCCUCAAUGACACUGUCAGCUUCUUCAAUUCAUUCAAGUAAUCAGAAUGUAUUUUUAUGUAUAUUAAAUUUUGUCUAUACACCAAUGAGGAUUGGCUCGGUUGGUAGGACAAGUUGUGUCAACGAAGUGUUCUUAAAUUCGAUUUCUCCUGUUGAUAUAAUUGGUAGGCAUCCAAUAAUUUCAGAACGCCAACCUGUUUACCUCCUGAACUUUAAUGUAUACAGAAGAUGCCACACACAUUAAAAUAUUUUCCUCUCUUCGUCUUUGAAGGUGUAUAUUGUAUCCACUAUUACUUUAGAUGGGAAUCAAGCGGUAUACAAUUUGCU